UUUAACAAACACUUUCUCGCUCUAAAACCCUCAUAGUUCCUCUCUCUUUCCCUAUUUCACAUCCAUUUAUUAGAUUCCUCCUCUCAAUAGCCUCUCCUUCUCUUUUCUAUUGGAUUGUAUUAGACUGAUAGCUCAAGGAACCAACAAAAGAAAAGAGAAAGAAAAAGAAAAUAAAAUAAUUUAUCUCUUGGAAAACUUCUCUUCUUUUGGUUUGAGUUCUAAUUAUCAGGAAACUGUCUUCCUAGUUUUUUUUUUCAGAUUUGAAUUUCCUCAAAAGAACUUUCUGGGUCUUUUUUCUUGGCUUCAAUUUCUUCUUCUGCAAAAAAAAGAAAAGAAAAACCUUUACUGGAUUUUUUUCAUUGGCUAGAGAGAAGCCUCUUAGUAGUUUAUACCCCUGUUUUUGUAUAUACCAUUUAUAGCUGAAUAUUAAACAAAAUCUGUAAACUUUAAAUUUCCUUCCAAGAAAAGUCUCAUUGUUAAGUCUAUAAAAAUUGGAACUUUUCUCUGAAAUCAUUUUUUUUAGAGAAAAGCAAAAACAAAGAAAGAGACAAUGGGAAAGCAAGGACCUUGCUAUCACUGUGGAGUUACAAGCACACCUCUGUGGAGAAAUGGGCCACCAGAGAAGCCAGUUUUGUGCAAUGCGUGUGGAUCGCGUUGGAGAACAAAGGGAACACUUGUGAACUACGCUCCACUUCACGCACGUGCUGAUGGUGAAGAGAACCAAGAUCUUCAGAGGUAUCAAAGAAUAAAGAGCAUCUCUUUAAGUAACAACAAGAACACAGAAACCAAAAUGCUCAAGAGGAAAGCAAUUCAAGAAAGCAGACAGGUCUUAGAAUUCAAUUAUGGUUUGAAGAAGGCUAAAAUAGAGGAGGAUGCUAGUAACAGAUCGAGCUCUGGUUCGGCUAUAUCAAACACCGAGAGCUGUGCACAGUAUGGGAGUGAGUUAACAGGUUCAGGUCCAUCACAAUCCAACGCUUGGGACACGACUGUUCCUUGCAAGAGGAGGACGUGUGUUGGACGUCCAAAGUCAUCAUCUUCUGUUGAGAAGCUCACAAAGGACCUUUACAAUAUUCUACAAGAGCAGCAAUCGUCAGUUUCAUCAGAUGAAGAUCUUCUUUUUGAGUCCAUGUUCACUGCUGAGAUUGGACAUGGGAGUGUUCUAAUGAGGGAUCCACACUCGUUUGCUCGGGAAGAGGAGUCUGAAGAAGCCAGCUCACUCUCUUCUUCGGUUGAGAACAAGUCAUCCAUCAGUGAUGCAUACUCACAUUCGGUUGGAGCAGUGGGAGGUGGUUCAGAGUUUGUUGAACAAGCAAUAAAGCUAGAGCAGCUCAAGAGGACCAAGUCUCAAACUGGAAGAGUGCAUGUCCUUGGAAGCCAUAGUUCACCACUCUGUAGUAUAGACUUGAAGGAUGUUUUCAACUUUGAGGAGUUCAUAGAACAAUUCACAGAGGAAGAACAGAAGAAACUGAUGAAACUACUUCCUCAGAUUGACUCUGUUAACAUUCCUGAUAGCCUCAGAAUAAUGUUUGAAAGUGCUCAGUUCAAAGAGAACUUCUCUUUGUUUCAGAAACUUAUUGCAGAUGGUGUCUUUGAGAUGCCUUCUUCCUCUGGGGCAAAACUGGAAGACAUAAGGGCUUUCAAGAAGCUUGCUUUGUCUGAUUUUAACAAAUCUCGUUUGGUGGAAAGCUAUAACAUCCUAAAGGAGCGUGAAAAAGGGUCUGGAGAUUCUGUUACUACAGCUUCAAGAAGCUUAAACCCAAAUGUACCUAAAAAUAUUGUAACCAUUAAGAGACGAUGUGCAAACCAAACUCAAGUCAAGUCAGAGUCAAGGGGGCUUAUGAGGAGUCCCAAAAGUGUGACGAAGAUGAAAGCAAUCCAUGAAAGCAAGGUUCUGACAGAAAACAACGGCUCAUGUUUCAGCCCAAGAAGUUUGGCUUCUGUGUUUGGUCAAGAGAGUGGUGGUACUACAGUGUUUGGCAAUGAGAAUGACUGCAGUUCUGAUCAAGAUCUUCUUCUUAUGGACUUGCCAUCAAAUGGGUCGUUUCCUCAAGCAGAGCUGCUUCACCAACUAUGAGGGUACAUAGCUUCAAACUUCAUGGUGCUCCUCAGUGUUAACGGAAGGAUCAGAGAGACUCUUAUGCAUUUGGUUGAGAUUGAUAAAAGGGACUCUUUAGGCUUUCUGAGAAAAGGACCAAAGUGAAGUUUCUGCUUUAGAAACUGGAAUAUGCAGACAUGAAAAGAACUUUUUAUUUGAGUCUUGGGCUUCUCUUUGGUGGUUUAGUUUCUAAGGUGGAUCAUAUAUACACAUAUAUCAUAUGGUGGGUCUUAUUAUGAAUACAUAUAUACAUAAUGCCUCCUCUCUUUCAAUGAACCCUUUUUUGUGAGCUUCAUCAGCUUCUGCUUUUUUUUUGUAUAGGUUGAGAUUAUAAGGUGGGUCUUAUCUAUACAAUACAUAUAUAUACAUAAUGUCUCCUCUUACAGUGAACCUUUUUUAUUAAACUUUGAAGUUUCUAUU